AUGGACGCUGUAGUAACAAAGAUGGAGGAGACGUUGGAGAGGAAGAAGUCAAUUGUACAUAUAGUAGAGAGGAGGACUACUUCAAUAGAUUAUAUAAGAAGAAUACAUGAAGCUGCUUACUAUCCCAACCAAAGUGCAUUACAUUGGAUGAACGUAGCAACCAUCCAAAGGCUAGACUUUGAGAGAUCAGUUGAAAUACAAAAGAGGUUGCUACCUUGGUUCAGUCUUGGAUUGAGUCUUGCACCAUUGUUGUCAACAGAGAAAGGACCUGCAUUGGUUAGAGCAUUGGUACAGUUGAUGGAGGAGUAUGAUUAUCAUUAUGAGAUGGGCUCGGCAAUGCAGGGCGUCAAGGUGUUGCUGUCAAAGAAGCAACCAGUCUACACGACAGUGAGCGAGAAUGAACAUAUCAAAUCAAAGAUUACAAAGAUUGGCAAUACUGUAGUAUACGAAUUCCUAAAGAUAUUCAAUAUAUCAAUGGCCAAGGAUUUGGACUACUUCCAUGUCGUCUUCAGUCUGUUGGAGAUUCUAGAGUUGAUAUAUAAGAAGUUUGACAAGGAGACGUGCUCAUCAAAGUACGUCUACGAGGCCAUUGUCAAGGUGGACAAGCGAUUCAAACAGCAGAUAUUCGGAUUCCUCUCAAAGGAGAUUGACAAGAUUGCCACGCAGUCCAUUCGCGAACAACUAGAAUUCACUCUCCUGUGCACAUCGACCAAAGACCGCGACAUCCAACAACAUCAACAGAUGCAAUCCAAGCUAUCAAACAGUCUAUCAUCCAACAGCAAAGAGAUCAAUACUACUGGCAGCGGUAGUACCUCAUCAGAUGAUUGA